UCAAAUCGAAUGAAAAUGAUGAUGAUUUUUUGAUUUUAGUUUUCAUUGACAAACACUUUCCAAACUCUAUUGACAAUAUGAACAACAACAUGCAAAAUCAAAUUAAUCGACAACAACAAUUGGAUAAUGAUAAUCAUCUAAUUGAUUAUCAUGUACCAUAUUUGUUAAAAAUUUUAAUUGAAAAAAGACAUGAUAGUAAUAAUAAUAAUGAUAAUAAUGAUAAUUUAUCAAGAUUAAAAUUAUAUCUUGAUCCACAAAUGUUAAAUUAUCAAAUCCUACAGACAUUGAUUGUAAAAGGAUUUCAUAUUGAAUGUGAUUUUUUCCUGUAUUAUCUUCUGGACGAACAAUUUCAUCAUUUACAUUUUGGUCAUCAUCAACAACAAAAACAUCGUUGUCGUAUUUCAUCUUGUUCAUCAACAACAUCAACAUCAUCUGAAUCUUCAUCCACAUCAUCAUCAUCAUCUACAUCAUCACCGAAAUAUUUAGCAAUUAAAAAUGAUAAUGAUUUACAACAAGCAUUAAAUUAUUCAUUACAAUCGACAAAUCCAUUAUUAUAUUUGGUUAUUGAUUUAGUUGAUUUUAAUCAAUUAUUACGAAUGAAUUCAACAUCAUCAAAUAAUGGUGAUGAUAAUGAUGAUAAUCAAUUAUCAACCAAAGCAACAGCAACAACAACAAUGGAUUCUGGUUCAAAAUUACUUAAAUAUAAAGUACUAUCUGAAUGGGAUAUUGUUACAUCAUCGGAUAUUAUACUUGCACAAACAUUAACAAAAACAAAUUCAUUUAUAUUGAAUCAGAUUGAUAAAUUAAAACAACGUGCACAAAUACAACAUUUACGUUUACAACAGGCAACUGAAUUAUCAUCAACAACAACAAAAAAUGUCAAACGUAAAGCAUUGAUGACAGCAACAAAUUCAUGGUUACUUGCUGAAGCAAUUUAUCAAUAUUUAAUGUCAAAUGAUGAUAAUAAUAAUAAUAAUCGUUCAGAACAUGAACCAAUCAGUGAUAUAUGGCCAUUUUUAGAUCAAGAAGGUCGUGUACGUUGUCAACGUGAUUUUCGUAUUGCAAUUUAUCGUCGUAGUAUGGAUCCAACAUUACGUCGUAUUGGUUGGAAACAUUUACUGAAUGUUUAUCCGGAUGAUUAUACUGGUCAAGAACGUAUUGAUUUUAUUCGUAUACGAUCAGAAACAUAUUAUCAGAUGCGUAAUCUAUGGCAACAAAAUCGUUGGUCAGAUCCUGAAGUUAGAAAUGUUUGUAAUAUGGUUAGAAAAGAUGUACGACGUACUGAUCGUCAUCAUCAUUUUUAUUGUGAUCCAGAUAAUGAUGGUUGUGGUGAUGAUGAUGAUUUCGAUGAUUGUCAUGGCCAAAUAACAGAUCCAGCUAAUUAUUCAAAUUGCCACAUUGAUAAUAAUAAUGAAAAUCGUGGUCAUUCAAAAUCCAAAUCAAAAACCAAUUCAAAUGUUAUUAGUUUGUUCAAUAUAUUGGUCACUUAUGCAUUAAAUCAUCGUUAUCGUUAUUGUCAAGGUAUGAGUGAUUUAGCAUCACCAUUAUUAUAUGUUAUGAAAGAUGAAUCACAUGCAUAUAUUGCAUUUUGUGCAUUAAUGCAAAGAUUGGGUGAAAAUUUUUCUACCGAUGGUCUGGCUAUAUCAAGAAAAUUUCAUAAUCUUAAACAAUUACUUCAACAUUAUGAUCGUGAAUUUUAUCAUUAUCUACAACAAGAAAAUGCUGAAGAAUUAUUAUUCUGUUAUCGUUGGAUAUUGUUGGAUUUAAAACGUGAAUUUCCAUUCGAUGAUGUACUUGAAGUAUUGGAAGUACUUUGGGCAUCAAUACCACCACAAUCAUCAUCAUCAUCUUGUCAAAAAACAUGCGAUUCUAAAACAUCGUCGUUGAAUCUUAUGAAUCUAUUUGAUACGGAUUUUAUUUACGUACCGAAUCGUAAUUCUAGUGAUAAUAAUAAUAAUAAUAAUCGUAAACAUCGUCGACAACAAGAAACAGAAUUGUUGGAAAAAAUUAUUGAAUCUCAAUCGAUUGAUGAUGAACAACAAAAUUCAUCAACGAAACAAUUGCAAGAACGAACAAAAUUAAAAACAAUAAAAUUUAUGCCAAACAUGUUGAGUAAUGAUUCACAAACAACCAAACAGGUAUUGGAUUCACCAUCAUCACCAAUCAACGAUUUUCAAAUUUCAUCAUCAUCAUCACAAACAUCUGGUCGGACAUCAGCACCACAUCCUUGGGAUAGUCCAAAUUUGAUUACAAAAUCUCGACAAAAUAAAUUUGAUUUCAAUAUUUGUCAGCAACAACAACAACAAAUUCAAUCAUCUAGUCAAAAACAUUAUUGUGAUUUCGAUUCAUUUAGUGGUUCAAGUUAUGAUGGUGAUUGUGAAUAUGAUGAAGAUCUAAUGUCAAAUAAAUCGUUGAUCGAACAGGAUGCUGAUGACUCGUCAGAUUCGAAAAAACCAAUCAUAGAUGAUGUAUCAUCAACAUGUUCAACAUUUGAUUCCGGUAUUCAACGUUCGAAUACGAUUACAUCGUAUCAAGAUUUAACUCAAAAUCGUUGGAAAGAAACAUCGACAAAUUCGAUUCGCUGUCAUGCUUAUCCUAUUUCCAGUUCUCAUUGUAAUGGUGAUUGUUCCGAUGAUGAUAAUGAUAAUGAUGUCGAAGGAAUUUCAACUCCUGUUGAUAAUCGUAUUGAAAUUUUAUCGAAUCUUUCUGUUGAUCAUGGUUAUCUAACUGAUGGUCAUCCACAAAAUCGAUUCGAUUAUUCUCAACCAUCAACAUCAAGAUUACGAUCACAAUCAACACCAACUUUUCAAUCACGUGUAAUAAAUUGUCCACCUAAAGCAAAACAAUUACUUGGAUAUGAUCCAAGUUUUGAUGAUGAUUAUUCGGAUGGUUCAAAAACGAUAGUUUCAACAACCAGUUCACCAUUGCAACAACAACAAACUCCUGAUGUACGAAUAAUCGAAGCAAUUAAUGAACAAUUUAAUAAUUUAUCGGCAAAAUCUGUAUCGGAAGAAAUGCUUAAUUCUACUAUCAAACAAAUGGAAACGUUAAAAGUAAAUUCAACAAUGACAACAUCAAAUCAUUCAUCAUGUAGUUCAUCAUCAUCGAUUGAAUUAUUACCAACACCAUCUGAAGUACUAUUAAUGGAACAACAAGAUCAAUUACAACGACAAAAACAAUUUGAAGAAAAAUUAAUGGAAGAAGAUUAUCCAUUAAUAUCACCCGAACAAUUAGGUUCAAAUGAUGCAUUCAUGUUGUUUAUUUGUUUAACAUUAUUAUUACAAAAUCGUGAUCAUAUUAUACAAAAUCAUUUGGAUCGUAAUGAAAUACAAAUGUAUUUUGAUGGAUUAAUACGUAAACAUAAUGUACGAUCGGUAUUGCAAGAUGCACGUCAUUUAUUUCAUUCAUAUUUAGCCGAAUGGCGACAUCGUCAUCGUCAACAUCAUAAUUAUCAUCAUAAUCAUCAACAUUCACGGUCAUCAUCCGUUACAGAUGAACGUGCAUAAUCUAAUUCUUUGUUUUUUUAAAAAAUGUUUUUUUUGUGAUUUUUAUUCUUAAUUAAUUUUGUUUGAAAAAAAAUUUUACCGAAAAAU